AUGACCUCAGGUAUGUUGAUGGUGAAAGUGAAUCUCACAUUCAUUCUUGCUUGUCGGCCAAGGGUAACUGACUGACACUUUCUGGCUCUUAGGCUUGUCAGAAUGCCGGACGGCCAUUGAACCAUCCUCAUCGUCGGCAUUGAUGUUUUAAGGCUCCCAUCGAUCAUAAGUGCCAUCAUCACAAUACCAGUCAGGCUUCUUAGUAACCAGGCUCUUGUACCGCAAUUGCGGUUUCACUCUUGCUUUGAUUCUGACCCGGUAACUCACCAUCAACUCGGCCUAUUUUCCCAUCAAGGAUCGCGGUACUCUAAAGUCACAAUAGAUUGAAGAAGUGAUGACGACAUAACCCAGACUUGAAAUUCGUGGGUCGGCUCUACAGUGGUAGUUGAGGCCAUCAUGGAUGCAGCAGAAGGAGAAAGCAACUUUGAAGACGGCGCAAUCAUGGACGAACAGACGACCCAAAAUCAUGGCAAUGGGACUUUGCCUGCCUCCUUGCCCAUGGAGGAGUCUGCCGAAGCACUCCGUCUACGAGGACUGGAUGCUCUUGUUCAGGAUCAAGAUGACUUGGAGCGCAAUAUUGGGCGAGAGGCAGAUCGUCUGCUUUUUGAGCAGGCGAAUCAACGUGAUCAACAAAGACUCGACAAGGCGAGGUCCCAGAAAGAAAAACUGCAGAAUUCGAUCAGGAGGACUCGAGAUGAAAUCAGCCGGCCGAUUGGAGUGACCCAGCGUAACAAGUUACGCCUUGAGGUUGAUCGAAUGCAAGGCCAGAUUCAGAACUUGGACAAUGAUAUUGCAGAGAUACAGGAACGCAUGGGCGAACGCGAAACCCAGGCUGUUGUGUCCGAGCAGCAACCUGCAUCUUCCACCCGACGUCUACCUAAUGAAACCCAGCGCGACUACUUGAUCAGGACUGGAAAGAUAACCCCGUUUUCUAAACUUGGGCUCUCGACUCACGGUGAAUCGUCACAGACGCUACAAGGAGCGCUUUUCGAUGCCGAAGAAGAACCGGAAUUUGGCGGGACGGAUCCUGAAAUCCAGGGUGAGGCAUCCAUGUCCCAUCGAAACCUGAGGCAGCCCGGCUUCGCAUCGAACGUUGCCUAUACAAGUGGUGAAGAAGACUUCGAAUCCGAAAAACCACGGAAGCGAAGACGGCUCCAAGCCAAGCGUCCUGCUCUUAACGACGAGGAUGACUCCUACGAUGAAGGAACAUCCCAGGACGAAGUCAUCUCCGACUCAGCAGAAGAAGCUGAUUUCGAGGAGGAGGAUCUGCCGAGCACCGCGGGAAAGAAGAGACGUGCAAGAGGCAAGGCGGCAACUCAAGCAGAUGAUGAGACUGAGGACUUUCGCGGCGUGGAUGAUGGCACCGAAGCAGUUUAUCGGAGACGUCUCAACAGAUGGGCCACCCGACGCCGACAAGCCAGGGUUCGUGCAUCUGCUCAGGACCUGGAGGCGACUGAAGAAAACGAAGACUCCGACUCCAUUGCAGAAGCAGAAGCACACCUACCACAUCCUGAGAUAGCUGACACAGUAUUCGACAACGGCUACAAACUUCCAGGGGACAUCUAUCCGAGCCUAUUCGACUACCAGAAAACAGGAGUACAAUGGCUGUACGAGUUGUACAACCAGCAGGUUGGUGGUAUCAUUGGAGACGAAAUGGGACUAGGUAAGACUAUCCAAAUCAUUGCCUUUCUGGCGGGGUUGCACUACAGCAAAAAGCUGGAUAAGCCCAUCAUUGUGGUUUGUCCGGCCACUGUGAUGAAGCAGUGGGUGAAUGAGUUCCAUCGAUGGUGGCCGCCGUUCAGAGUCACUAUCUUGCACUCUUCCGGCAGUGGCAUGGUCAAUAUUCGAAAUGAGGCGAGUAACGAAGAUCGGCUGUUUGACAUGGAAUGGGAUCCAAACGAAAGGAACAAACCGUUGACCGCAGCACAAAAAGGGGCCCGAAAAGUUUUGAAGCCCAUCCUGGAGCAUGGCGGUGUACUUGUGACGACGUACUCUGGUCUCCAGACUUAUGCUCCACUGCUGAUACCGGUCAACUGGCAGUAUGCCAUUCUUGACGAAGGUCACAAGAUUCGCAAUCCAAACACGGCCAUCACUAUUUAUUGCAAGGAGCUACGCACUCCCAAUCGAAUUAUCCUUUCGGGAACCCCUAUGCAGAACAAUCUCAUAGAAUUGUGGUCUUUGUUUGACUUUGUGUUUCCCAUGCGCUUGGGCACCUUGGUCAAUUUCAGGAAUCAAUUCGAGAUACCAAUCCGUCAGGGUGGCUAUGCCAACGCAUCGAAUCUGCAGGUACAAACUGCUUUCAAAUGCGCAGAAACCCUGAAAGACGCUAUUAGUCCAUACCUACUUCAACGUUUCAAGAUUGAUGUCGCUUCCGAUCUACCGAAGAAGAGCGAACAGGUCUUGUUUUGCAAGUUGACGGCCAUGCAGAGAAAGGAAUACAAGAGCUUUAUCAGUUCCGGCGAACUGGAUGCCAUUAUGAAUGGUAAAAGACAAGUUCUCUAUGGAGUUGACAUCCUUCGAAAAAUCUGCAACCAUCCAGACCUGGUAGAUCACAAACGUUUAUCUAUCAAACCUGGUUACAACUAUGGCGAUCCCUCUAAAUCAGGCAAAAUGCAAGUUGUCGGUUCGCUGUUGGAGUUGUGGAAGGAGACCGGCCACAAGACCCUUUUGUUUGCUCAACAUAGGAUCAUGCUGGACGUCUUGGAGAGAUAUGUGAGGUCGCUCUCAGGCUUCAAAUAUCGACGCAUGGACGGCAACACUCCCAUCCAAAUGCGACAGAGCAUGGUUGACGAAUUCAACACCGAUCCUGCCUUGCACGUCUUUCUGUUGACCACCAAGGUUGGAGGACUUGGCAUCAACUUGACGGGAGCUGACCGAGUCAUCAUAUAUGACCCUGACUGGAACCCAUCUACGGAUUUGCAGGCUCGGGAGAGGGCGUGGCGGCUGGGUCAGAAGAGAGAAGUGACGAUCUACCGUCUAAUGACUGCCGGGACCAUUGAGGAGAAGAUCUAUCAUCGACAAAUCUUCAAACAAUUUUUGACCAACAAAAUUCUGAAGGAUCCAAAGCAGCGACAGACCUUCCAUCUGAACGACCUGCAUGAUCUGUUCACUUUAGGGAAUGAGGGCGAGCCCACCGAAACAAGCACGCUGUUCCAGAAUGCUCAAGUCAAAUACUCCAAACCGGCCGAUACUCCGAGCAUAUCUACUUCAGAUGCUGACAAGCCAGCGGAAACCGGCAAUGGUGACACCAAUAUCGAAGCUUUACCGGGAAUAUCGUCCGUGGAGCAGUUUGCAGGCGAGGUCGAGGAAGAACAACGAGCAAACCGGGAGGGGGCGAGUAAUUCGGAGGACAAAAUGAUGGAAGGGAUUUUUGCACGCUCAGGCAUCCACUCGGCAGUCGAACAUGAUGCAAUCAUUGAUGGUACUUCAGCCAGCAAGAAGGUCGCAGCAGAUCCUGUCCUCAUAGAGCAAGAGGCGCGCAAAGUGGCUGCUGAAGCUGCCAAAGAGCUUAGGCGUGCCGGGGAGGUCGCCCGAACAAUUCCAAUCGGUACUCCAACCUGGACAGGACAGUUUGGUGUCUCUGGUCGGCCACAAGAGACUACCGCUUCAAGAGCGUUCAGCUCAAACGCCCGUGCCAGAGGUGGUGGUCUGCAGUCUUCGAGUUUACUUGCCAAUUUGCAGCAGCGCCAGGGGGCGGCGAUUUCCAGUCGCAACGGCACACCCAGAACAUCCAGCCCAGUACGGUCAACCGGAUCUGCGGCAUCAACGUCCAGAGCUAGCACUCCCACCCUGCCGCAGGGAAAAGAUUUUGGCAAGCUGAUUCGGGAUUAUCUUAGCAGCCAUGGCGGGAGUGUAUACACCCAGAUGCUGAUUGAUCACUUUAAUCGUUUCUGCACCACACCACAGGCUACCUUGGAGUUCAAGGAGACCUUGAAGUUGAUUGCCAGACUUGAGAAAGGAAGUCGUGGCAGAGGUCGUUGGGUGCUGAAGGAUGAGUACAAAACAUAGCUCAACCACUGUAGCAUACUUCGUUGAAUGAACAAAGCAUUCGGUGC